AUGAGGAGCAAGAGUGGUGGAGUCUGUUUCAGCUAUCUUGAAUCUGGGACAUGCCGCUUUGGAUCGACGUGCAAGUUCGCCCAUGUUGAGCCAGAGGAGAAUGGUUCUGAGCAGUCUUUCGUUCAAAGCCCGCAACGAAAUGACCAUAUUAGUGAUUUCUUUGCCGAAUAUCCCGACUUCGACUACGAUGAGUCUGCAGAAAUUUGGCGCGAAUUUUAUCGCAUGUGCGAUGAAUUUGGUUGGAAUAAGAGGCAGGAUGAGAAGGAGGAAGCCAUGGAGAACUUCAAGUCAGCAAUGGUUCAGCAGUUCAACGACCUCUAUGGCACGGACGGGGAUGACCUGAAUGCCUGGCAGAGUUUGUGUCAUGUUCUAAAUAUCGUCCCAAUGCCUGUUGGCCUGAACGACUGUCGAAAGCGGAUUCGACAGACGCAUGUCAAUCUUGUGGACCUUGUGGACGCUCCGCGAACAGGAGUCCCAGUGAGGGUGUUUGCAAACUUGAAGCAAUUGCAAGAUUACACAACCGGGACUGGAAAAGAGGGAGGCAAGGUGCACCUCGUGGAAGAAGAGGCUGAGGGCUUUCGAAGCGACGUCUCGCAAGAAGAGAGCACCAAGGAAACCAUCUUUAUGUCUCUCGGGUAUGAUAUAGGCAUUAUCAAGGACUUAGUCGUCUAA